AACCGGCCCAACCCUCUCAGUCUCGGGUCGCCAGUCCUCGCCUAGGUUUAGGCAUCCAGCGGCCGCAGCCUCCACACCACGAGCGGAAGGAGAUCGCCGGAAGAGGGGGGAGGCGCGGAGAUGAGCGGAAGCGCGUUCAACGCGUUCAAGUCGCGGGUGCCGGUGGCGUGGAGUCCCCGGCUGUACAUCACGCUGGUGCGGGGCCUACCGGGCACGCGCCGCCUCCACCGCCGCACGCUCGAGGCCAUGCGCCUCCGCCGCUGCCACCGCACCGUCGAGCACCGCACCACGCCGUCGCUGCUCGGGAUGCUCACCCAGGUGAAGCGCCUCGUCGCCGUCGAGACCGAGGAGAUGUACAACGCGCGCAAGCAGGCCGAGGCGGAGAGGCGCGCGCCCAGACCCCCGCUCGUCGUCUCCCACCACCAGCCACCGCCGCCGGCUCUGAAGCCGGCAGCCGCCGCCGCGGAGGGUGCUGCUGCCACUGCGCCAUAGCCUCUGGGCAUCAGAAGACUUUCAUUACAGUUCAGCAGGUUAAUAAUUAAACUGCCCUGUGUUUUGGGUCUGCUGGUCUCCACUCCCCAGACGAUAGCAUUGGAUCCUCUUGCUCAACAAGAUCUGACAACCGAUAUGUCUCUAGAUCGUUGUAUGGUGCGACUUGCAUUGGCCCUACACAACGACUGAGGGCAUAGUUUCCCAAUGCUUUUAUCUAGAAUCAAGUUCCGCUGUUUGGUUUCA